GUGGCUACAAUUCGUGGUUCAAUUCACUAAAAUAGUUUAGCAAGAACACGACAUACAUAAGUAAAUAUUUAGUUAGAUUUUCGUAUAUCUACGAGAACCAAUGGGUGCACGAGUUAUUCAGGACACAGCGUAAACGAUUCAUUGUUUUUUUUGUUUUCUUACAAAUAACGUUGCCUCACAUUAGGAUUUUCUCCUGUGUCGUGGGACUUCACACCCAGACCCGGAACAAUAAUUUGUGGAUCACUGGAGAUCAAUGGAGUUGCUCCGUGCGGGAAUCGAACCCGCGACACGUUACGCGGCAGCUAGUUGCCCAGCCACCACACCAACCGUGCAGUCAAAUUAAAAGCAGUCUUUUAAAAUCUCAUAGAAUCUGAUGUUGUUUAUCACAUCGCUGCUUUCAUUAAGUAGGCCAUUAGGCUAAAUUAUUAUCGAGCUGAACUUAAUUCCCUAUAACAACAAAAACAACUUCGUCUUGUUGCCAUAAGUCACAAAAGUAAAAUUCGAGAAUUAUCUCAGAAAUGAUUUAAGCUCAAGAGCAAGCGAUAGUGUUGUAAGAUGACAGAGAUAUCAAGAUAUCGAUGCAGAUAAAGAUAUUGUCACGAAAAACCGCAGUCGAUACUCAUUGGUGGGACGUGAUGGCGGCUCUUAGGGCGUUUUUAUUUUUUCUAACGCUAGGUGCGCGCGCGCACACAGCUGCAAUAUCCGAGGAGCCCACUGUACGUGCUGAUGACGUCACACUCACUUUGGAGCCGAUCCUCACUGGAGGCUUCCACCUUGUUUUGACUGAUGAAAACCAGCGUGUGGUAUUCGGUCAGGUGGGGCGCACAUUAGUAGCUCCAUACACAGUGACUGACGUAGACGGUGGUCUUCUGGUGAGAAUUGGCAAUGUGAACCUGACUAUCAACACCCUGUACGAGGCAGCUACCCAGGCCAGGGGCAUCAAGUUCAGCUGGGAAGCCGACCAGUAUACCAGGCUAGAAGAUUGCAUCGAUUUCGGCACAAAACACUGGUAUGCGGGACCCAUGCAAGUCGACCAAGUGUACCCAAUCGAAACUGCGACCCAAGUUUACAGGGCAAGCUACAUUCAAGAAUACGACAAUGGUGCUAUCAUGGAGAGGUACUGGCUCAACUCCGCCGGAGAGUACAUCAUUGUCCACGACAAGGUCCCACUCUUCAUGGAUUACGGGAAUAUUUUGAACAACCAUCUAUGCUUCGGAGCCCAACUAGCAGGACCCUAUUCCACAAACAGGCCACGUACCAUACUGGCUUACGACAUUUGGUUUUUGUCAGACGUGAAAGCAGCUCACAAGCAUGCUAUUGCUAACUACCUUGGCAAGCCGUCAGGUACUCCAGACUUCCAAAUGGUUCAGCACCCAAUCUGGUCUACUUGGGCCCAGUAUUCCAGAGAGAUCAACGAGACAAAACUGCUAGACUUUGCUCAACAGAUCAAGGACAAUGGGUUUAACAAUUCUCAGUUUGAGAUUGAUGACCAAUGGGAGACGUGCUAUGGCUCUCUCGUGGUGAAUGAGGAAAAGUUCCCAGACUUCAGACAAACUGUGCAGGACAUCAAGGCUAUGGGAUACCGUGUCACGAUCUGGGCACAUCCUUUCAUUAAUAGGAACUGUGAUCCUUGGUUUUCGGAAGCUGUGGAGAAGGGUUUCUUCGUGAUGGAUGAGAACAUGAGCAUCAACGCUUCAUGGUGGAACAACAAUGGUACGAACGCCGGGUACAUCGACUUCACCAACCCCAAGGCUGCUGACUGGUACUACGACAGGCUUAAAGACGUACUCGACACGUAUGGAAUAGACAGCGUCAAGUUUGAUGCAGGAGAAGCUAGUUUUGCACCUGAGAUUGCCAUCCAAACAGGUGACAUUGAGUUCCAGCCCCAUCACUUGGUGCAACAGUACGCUAAAGUGUGCGCCACUUUCGGAAACAUGGUGGAAGUCCGAGCUGGAUUCAGGACCCAAGACCUUCCAAUAUACGUGCGCAUGGUAGACCGUGACUCCAUCUGGGGUCUGAACAACGGGCUGCCCACGAUCAUCACCACCACCUUCCAGAUGAACCUGAACGGCUACCCCUUCGUGCUGCCAGACAUGAUCGGGGGCAACGGCUUCAACCUGGACCACGAACAGGCUGACUUGCCAACUAAAGAACUGUUCAUCAGAUGGGUGCAAGCCAACACCUUCUUGCCUGUGAUGCAGUAUUCCUUCGCUCCUUGGAAUUUCGAUGAAGAGACAGUACAAAUAAGCAAGAAGUACACAGACCUUCAUGCUGAAUACGCAGACGUGAUCUUCGAGGCCAUGGAGGCGGCAGUAGCUGAUGGCACUCCCGUCAACACUCCACUCUGGUGGAUCGCUCCCAAUGAUGAAGAGGCUCUCGUGAUUUGGGAUGAAUAUCUCCUGGCAGAAACAGUUUUAGUGGCUCCGGUACUGACAGAAGGAGCUACAUCCCGUGACAUCUACCUGCCGGCUGGUGUUUGGUACGAAGAAGGCGACUUAGAGAAACCUAUCCAAGGCCCCACAUGGAUCCGAAACUACCCAGCACCGUUGGAUGUGCUCCCAUACUUUGUUCGCGAUAACUCUGUGUCCCACGAUUCAAGUGUAUCUCUUUACACAUCUGCUAUCCUAGUAGUUUUAGGCUUAAUAACUAAUAUUAUUGCUAUAAGGAAUUAAUUGUAUUUAAGUUUGUUUGUUGUCUUAUAUGAAUAUGUUUAAACCUUGAUUGAACAUUAAAAAAUAUUAAUUGGAGUGAGAAUAAUACGUCUAAAAUAAUGUUUUAAAAAAUAAAAUUUAUUUUUAA